AUGACAAAGCAAGAGAAUAUCAAACACCUUUUGACUAUCCAGUCGGUUAGAGAGCGUACUCAACCAAUCUUCAAAUUGGCGCUUGAUAACAAUCUUGAUUAUUUUGAUGUUGAUUUAAAAAAGAUUCCAGAUGUUAUUCAAUUCGUUACAGGAGUUAUUGUUAGAGAUUUCAAAGAUUUAAGUACAAUCCCACCGCAUGGUCGUUGGGGUCAUUUGAAUGCAGGAGGUCAUGAUCGUGUUGAACAAUUGAUUUCAAAAUGGAGAGCUUCACUGUUUGAUGAUGUUGAGAUUGGAAAGAAAUUAGUUGAUCUAUUCGUUUUUAGUGUCUUGGUUGAUGCUGGUGCUGGUAAUUCGUGGAGCUAUACUGAAACUGCAACUGGUGAAUCUUAUAAUAGAAGUGAAGGGUUAGCAAUUGCUUCAAUUGAUCUAUUCAUUAAUGGUGAACUGAGUGCUAACACAAAAGAUCCAUACGUUGUAAAUGGUUCAAAACUUGUUGAAUUCACCAAAGAAGAUUUAUUGAAAGGCUUUCAAAUUUCUGAAUCCAAUCCAUUAAGUGGUGAAGAUGGUCGUUUAAACUUGAUUCAAAAUUUGGGUAAAGCAUUAGUUUCAAAUAAAGAAAUCUUUGGUGAAGAUGGAAGACCUGGUAAUUUGAUUGAUUAUUUAAAGAAAAAGACAUAUCCUGAUGGUAAAACUAUAGAGUUCCCAAUAAUAUGGGAUGCUUUGAUGGAAGGUUUCACACCAAUUUGGCCAAAGGGAAGAGUAGAAAUUGAUGGGAUAUCAUUAGGUGAUGCAUGGCCGUUAUCAACGACUUCUAAAGUUGGUGCAAAAGAGUUUAUUGACACAAUCGUACCAUUUCAUAAAUUAACCCAAUGGUUAUCAUAUUCAUUACUAGUCCCAUUACAAAAGUAUGGUUACGAGUUUGAAAUUAAAGAACAAUCAUUACAAACAGGUUUACCAGAAUAUAGAAAUGGUGGUCUCUUUGUUGAUUUUGGUGUCUUGGAUUUGAAGAAAGAGCAUUUGGAACGUGGCCUGGAAUUAUCAAAAGAGAUAAACUCUAAAACUCCAGAAAUACCAAGCUUCAAGCCUGAUGAUGGUGUUAUUGUGGAAUGGAGAGCUAUUACAAUUGGAUUUUUGGAUUAUAUUUUACCUUUGGUCAAUAAAGAGUUGGAUUAUGAGCUUUCAUUACCACAGUUGAUUGAAGCUGGAAGUUGGAAAUCAGGUCGCGAGAUAGCUGCUAAACUAAGACCUAGUACAAAAGGUCCACCAAUCGAUUUGUUCAGUGAUGGUACAGUUUUUUAA